AUGAAUUUUGGUGAGAAUAUGGAGUCAAAUGUUGAUUUUCACAUACAAGAUGAGGCAGAAAGGCUGCUUAAAGAGAUUGAUUUGGUGAUGAAGAAUGUUGAGAACUCUGAGUUCUAUGCUGGAAUGCACUUGGAUCUUAAACAGAAUGAAACAAUGCAAAAACAUUUCUUUCGCCUUUUAGGCUCCCAUUCACAUCUUCAGGUGGUAAUCUAUGGUUUGGGAAGCAUUGAAUACAGUUUCCAUUCACAGUUUCAGCUUGCUAUAGUUCUCCUACUAAAACGGGAUUUUUCUGAUUGGAUUGAUAGUAUAGUAAUAUACGAUCCCAACAUGUCUCUAGCUGAUAUCAUAGUUUUCAAAAAACUAGAUCUUGAGGUUCUCACCAUUGAUGAAAAUUGUAAGAGGAGAGCUCAGAGACCAACAAUGUUCUACAUGCCUGAUCCUUAUUGUUAUCAUAUUGGCAACCUCUUGGGAGCAAACUGGUCUUCAUCUUGUCUAAACCGGAUUUGUUUGCUGACAAACUCGUUCCGCGAUAGACUGACCAAUACGCCACGAAGUGGUCCUGAUCUAGAAGCAGUGAUACGCUUAGAGAGAAUUCUUCCCUUCACAACAGAAAUUGACAUAAAACUUAGUGACAGUCCGAUGUAUGCUAAUUUGUUCUCAGGAUUUGCCUGGCAUUUCUUUGAUGUGGAUACCAACAUUGACAUUGGCAAACCGGGAUGGUAUUGGCUGGAUAUUCAAAGGAAUCUUGAAGAAGAAUUUUUGGAAGAUAUGAAAAGCAACAUGACCAGUGAGGAAUUUGCAGAAAUUUGGGGUAUUUCUCGUGGGUUUCGUCGUUUAAGAUGCAACAACAUUCGUCCUCCUCCAGGCUGGAUUAAGCUAAACAUCUAUGGUAUUGGUAGAAAAGGUGAUCAGCCAGGACAAUAUAGUGGCAUCUUCCAAGAUGAAAAAGGAACGUGUUUAGUUAGGUAUAAGGGUGACUUUGAUGUUGAAGACAAUGUGAUUGCUGGACUAGAGGCCUUGAGGCUUGGGUUGGCCAGAUGCGUGGAAGGAAAGCCAAAUGCAGAGAAGUUGAUUGUGGAGUCAGAUGAUCUUACACUUGUCCAAUAUGUUAAUGGUCGCCCUGAGCCAAAUGAAAAGGCUAUGGACAAAUUGAAGGAAAUUUUUGUCUUGCUGGAACGUAUAACUUGUGCAACAGUUCACUAUAUCUACGAAGAAGCCAAUGAAGCUGCUAGGGAGUUGGCUCUGAGUGAUGAAUGCCCCAGUAAUGCAUAA